CCAACAGAGAGAGAGAAGAGGAGAAGGAGGAGCCUGUUGGGUGUGGGACUCCAGACAAAGGAGACAUAAACACACUGACACUGGAUCAGUGGAGAGAAAAAAAGAGACAACUGGAAAGCUUUUUUUUUUUCUUAACUUUUAGCUAUAAUUUUUGAAACCUUGUAAGAAAAGUGGAUUUGUAGAAGUUUGUGUGUGAGCUGUACUGUAUGAGCCUGUUUGCUAACUACUGAGGUAUGUUUGUGUUGGAGCUGGGUUUCCCGUAUGCUGCCCACAGUGAGCAGAAGUCUGUGGGUUAGUGUGUUUGGGAUGGAAAAGUGUGGCUGGCUCAGCAAACAGCUCUGCUCUUAGCUCCACACCAUGGGGGGCUGCCACAGUUACCCCUCAGCUACCAAGGUAGACAGCAAGACUCCUCAGCUGUCUGACAUCCACAAUGACAAACACGGAAUCAACAACAAUAACCAGGAGGAACGUCCGUAUUUGCAGCAGCAAAACGCCUGCCAGAGAAUCACAAGCGCUAACAUGUUUGCGCUCACGUCACUGCCGCCUGGUAUGGACAGAGCGGAGUGGCUGGCCUCCAACACUGUGGCUUUUUUCAAGCACGUAAACCUGUUCUCCAGCGCCCUGUCAGAGUUCUGCACUCCCAGCACCUGUCCAACCGCUUGUGGACCAGGCAAUGUGGUCUACUUUUGGACUGAUGACCACGGCAGGAAGCUGAAAUGCUCCGCUCCACUUUACUUUGACUACGCCAUGUCGUACAUUCAGGAGCUUCUCACUGACGAAGAUGUGUUCCCCACAAAAGCAGGUGCAGCAUUUCCAAAUGGAUUUAUCUUCCUGGUCCAGAAGGUGUUCUUGCUGUUGUUCAGGACUCUGGCUCACAUUUACUGGUCUCACUACAGUGAGGUCCUAGUUCUAGGUUUGCACCCACACCUAAACACACUCUUCUGCCACCUGAUGCUCUUCUGCCAGCAACACUCGCUGCUGGAGCCUGAAGACACAAAGCCUCUGCAGGACCUCAUCACGGCUCUGGAGCAGCACAAAUGAAACGCUCCUAUUUCCCUAAUCUUGCUUAUUUAUUGGUAUAGUCUAUAAUAUCUGACUGUUCUUGGCAUAAGUACAGUGUAUAUUGCAGCUUAGAUAUUUUUCUGAUGCGAGAUUUAAGAAGAUCUGGAAGCAUUCACUCAGAAUUGUAAGCUCAGUUAUUCAGUUAUUUUCAUUUUUAUCAUAACGCCUUUAUUGCAUGUUUGUUUUUAGUAUAACUGUGCCUUAUUUUAUUGUAAAGGUCCUGCAAUAUUAUUGUGUGAAUGCAGUUACUGUACGAGUUCAUAGGUGUAUGAAGAUUUGUGACAAACAGUCAUUACAUGUUGAAAGACUGAAUGUUUUUUAUUUAAUGUCAUUUCUAUGUGGAAUUCUGGACUUCUAACCAAAGCCCGGUGCAGCCUUUAAAGUGAACAACUGCAGAAGCUGCUGCCAUUAGUAAAGUCUGGAAAUCACAUUCUCCUUUGCUCACUUUCUGUAUUUUUGUUUUUAUUUCCAUUGUUGAAUUUUUGCAUUAAAACCAUGCAAAAUAGUAGCUGUGCAGCGGCCACUUCAUCCUAACGUUAUUGAGACAUUUCAAUCAAACUAAAGGUAGCUCAUAUGUUUUGUCCACAGGUGAGAUAUUUAUUCCUUGCAUGAUUUGACAACAAAUAUCAUUGUUUUGAAAGCAAACAAAACAUUUGAGGAACUGCAGUUAUCAAAGUUACGAUGGUUAAAAAAGAAGAAAAUGUCCAGUUGAUGCUGAGUUUGAUUAAUAUAAAGAGAGAUGGAAACUGAGACUAUGUUCCUAAGUUCACCUAAAUUGGACAUGAAUGUCUGGAAUAAAACCAAUGCCUGAUCCAAUGAGAAUCAGUUUAGAAAUAUCAGAAUAUGACUUAGGGGGAAAAAAAGGCUCUGUAAAAAGUAAAGACAUGUAAACCAACUUUUUACCAUGAUUCUAUUAUCUUGUAAAAUUGUUUUAAUUUCUGUAACUGUAAAAAAGUUUUUCACAGUCUUCCAUCUUUUCUUCUCCUUAGUUUGUUAAAGUAUGACACAGUGGGAUCUGUUUUUAUUAUGUUUAUUUUUUACAUUUGAUCAUUUUUAACCAGGUGAAACUUAAAGUUUCUUACUGCUAUGUUUUUACAGCUUCCUUCUAUGCUUUUCACACAUACUAUUUCAUAUAUAUAUUUAUUUUAAACAUAUUUACAAUUUAAUUAGGGAAUCAAGCAAACUGUAAGAUGGUUGUAAGUCCCCAAAAUAAAAAAAAACACACAUUGCAGCAGCCAAUGAUCUUUAGGGACUCUUCAAGGAAUAUUCCCUUAAUUGAAAUCCUUAGAGGGUUUUCCCUGAAUAUUCCUUUGUUGUGAUGUCAGUUCUUGGUACUGGAUCCACUUUAUCUCAUGGCUGAUUAAACAUACUAAAUGCACACGUGAAAAUAUAUUCCAAGAGUUAUCAGUAACAUACCACAACUCAUCCUUGCAUCAGUCGUCGUUUGAUCCGUCUGUUCACACAGGCUCACCUGGACCCUGACUGAUUAAAAAAAUUCACUUGACCUCCAGACUUUUUAUAUAAUGUAGCUAGUGUAUUUUAAAUGGAGGGCCAAAGUACUUAAUAAGUAAUUAAAUAUAAAAAUAGUCAUAUAUGAGAAAAUCAAAAAUAAAUGAAACCAUUCUUUAGUAGUAAAAUGCAAAAUAAAUAGAAAACCAAAUCGUUUGGCAAAUUAUUUAAUUCAUGCUUCCUAUUUGCAAAAAUGAAUUUAAGUUAUUACUUUGACUCAUUUAUACAAUUUAAUUUAAAAUAUGUUGCAGCAGCUGUAUUUUUUCCUUUUUAAAUAAAAAAUUAUGACUUAUAGCAAGCAGUUUCAUUGACUGAUAGUCAUCUUAAGAGUUGUAUAGUUUAAAAGAACACUAUCUAAAGCUCCAGGGGGGAAUUUAAAUAUUAAUGGUAUUAAUUUAUCUAGCAAAGCCAAAAUCUAACCAAAUCUAAUGCAUUUAAAUUUUAGCACUGAAUUUACGAUUAUGUUGCACAAUAAUCUAUUUUAUUCAUCUUUUUAACGGCUGUAAUUUUAAAUGAAUAAAAUUUGAUCUGUUUUCCUCAGAUAUUAACACACGUUUUUCAAUAAAACACAGUUGUGAGGCUAGGUUUACCCCACUGAUAAUGUGUUGCUGCAAUAGUAAUUAUUCACAAUAUAAACAUUUAUAUAAGUAUGACUGUGCCUGUAGGAAUAGAAGACUGCAUCACCCUGCAAUUCAUUAUAUCACCACAGGAGGGAGACAAAACCCCUGCAGCUGUGACCCCCAGCCAACCUUAAUCAUUGAAACAUCAGAUCGAUCAGUUCUGAUGCUUAAACUUGCUUUCUGAGAACCUGACGCAUCAUUUUGCUUUCACUGGGAAUUUGUUUCUUUUUUUUCUAGUUAUUUCGGCUGCACUUUGCACUCGUUCAACAUUUCUCGCUUGUAUCCAGUAUCUUUGACAGACAGGACAUAAUUGUUGCUGAACUCUGGAGUUUAUAUCACAGUCUGAUAUUAACAAGGUUAUAUAUGCUUUACGCUUAUGGUCUAUUUCUUGGCUUCCAUGGUAAAAUUCAUCCUAAGAUGCUUAGGAUGAAUUUAGGUUUUUAUUAUAGCAGUCCAACCUUUUAAGGAUGUGUCACUUAUUAUUAUUAUUAUUUUUU